AUGGCUCCCAGUGCGUACAAUCUCGGUCGACAGUACACUGGCCCAGGCCCUCAGCAGUGGAAUCCGCAAUGGGGGCCUCCGCCGCCACAACAGGGCAUGCCCGGCCCCGCCCCCAUGGGAGGUCCCUAUGGUGCUAUGAGCGGACCGCCGCCAUCGCAGCAGUUUGCCCCAGGUAAUGCGCCUUCAUCAGGCGCUCCAGUGCCUCAAAGCGGUCCUACACCUGGUCCUGUCAAUACUGGACCACAGCAAGCUGGACCAGUCAUCCAAGAGCAAGGCUUCCGUGGGGCUGACGCGGCUGCUGCGCAGACGCAACAGAGCCCACCUCCGGCUCAGAAUGCGCAAUUCCAACCUCCAUCUCAGCCGUCUCAACCUCUGGCACCCACUCAGUUCCAAGGACUGACAGCUGCUCAACGCCCACAAGGUGCCCUGCCUUCUGAGCCCAGUCAAUCUGACGAGAGCCCAACGAUCGCGCCCCAAGUGGCUGUCCCCGUGGCUGGAGCCGUCUCACCUCCGGCACAGGGUCCUACCUCGCCACCAGUCGAUCCGUCCUACAAUGUGUCUCCUCCUGUGCCCGAGGAGGGCAACCAGGGCCGGAGUCAGCCGAAACCCAUGACCGUUCAAGGAGCCGUCACUCCUCCGACAAAUGCUUCCACACCACACAAUGUCCCUGUCCCAGAUUCGGCAACAACAUUCUCACCUGUGAACCCUGCAGCAAGCCGUCUACCAAACCCUCCGCCACCGACCGUCUCGCCUCCAGACGAGUCUGGCGAGGAAGCGGAACACUCACGCCCGACGCCACCUCCCCAGCAUCGGCUGAGUGACAUACGUCUGAUGUCUUCGAAGAGCGCCGAGGCGUCAGAAAAGACACGUGGCGACUUCGCCAGCCCGGACCACGCUGAUCGUGCUCAGCAACAAAAUGGCCACUCAGGCCUGCUCGCUGCCCGCGCCAUGAGCAUGAGCCCGCCUCAGCAGCAGCAGCCCGGUCCUGGUCAGCAGGGUGCGAUCAUGAACGGCCCUCAGACACCAGUCAACAGCCAGCAGCCCAACCAAAUAACGAACAACACCGCCAACAUGAACAUCAAUGUGGCUCAGGCCAACGGGCACAGGCAACACUCGGACGACUACUACGAUGCCACGCCUCGUAAGCCUCCCGUUGCCAACCAGGCCGCCCAGCAGCAGCAGCAGGAGCCGCCAGCCCACAAGCAUAAGAAUGUCGCUGCGGCGGUCGCCGUCGGUGGCGCAGCUGGAGUGAUGGGCGCCGCUGGCGCAGCCGCGACUGUCUCAGACGAGGAUCUUCCUCCCAAUGGGACCGCCAAUGGCAGCCAGGAUCACGACCGUGACGCUGAGGAGAAGCAGGUCGUCGAAGAGGCGUACGAGCUACCCGCUGUCAACGACAACUCUGAGGACCUGCUCGUCAUGAGCGCCACAUCGUACCCUGGACAAGAGUGGAACCCUUACGGUGCUGGCGAGUUUGGAGAUUACGACUAG